CCCCGCCCGCCCGCCGCCGUGCGCCACCCGUCCCCGCCACCUCCACCUACUGCCCCGCCCUGCCGCGCACCCCCUGCCGCCGCCACCUCCCGCCCCGCCCCGCCGCAUGCCGCCCCUCUUAUCCAUCUUUUCCCUCGCCAUCUCCCUCCUCCCUCCCUGUUCCGCCCCCACCCCUACUCCCCGCAGGCUCAACCAUGGUAGUCAACAUGGGGACGUGAGCGUGCACGGGUGGCGUCGGUGGACGAGAAUCGAAUCGAUUUCAUGCUUGGGCGUGUGGGAUAAUUGGCGGUUUAGGUCACCCUGUUCUAUGAUAAUGGCAAACCAUUGUUUAGCAACAAACAUGCAGAGGUGGCUUAUUGGACGUGCAACUGACAUUCACAUUAGGCCCCUGAAUGAAGAGAAAGCUAUUCAAGCUGCUACAGAUCUUCUUGGUGAACGGUUCAUUUUCUCGGUUGCUUAUGGUGCAAUAAUCUUUGAGGUUCAUAGAAGUGACAAGUCAGAAGCCAGAAAAGAAGAGGCUUGUAAUAAGGCACUGGAGGAAAUAAAGGAGAAGAUGGAGGAGCUCGAGAGGGAAAAGCAGAUGAUGAAGCUGAGAGUGGCCGAGGUGGAGCGGGUAACCGGGGUAGGGGGAGGGUGGCCGUGGGUUCUUCCAAGGGCCUUCACUUCCGGCGCUGCCCAGGCAGAGCCAGAGCCAGCAGCUCAGCAGGCCACGGCUACUUAGCUGCCGAUGCCAGAUGCAGAUUGCCUCUGUAGGCAGUUCCUUGAAUGAUUCCAUCGCGUUGGAAACACAGCGCUGAGAUUUGUGUAGCGCGUGUUGUGAAUAGUGUGUCCCCGGAGAGAUUUGGUCUGAAUUGGAGCUGUCGAUGGUGGAUGAUAUAUUCCUUUCUUUCUUCUUAUUUUUGACAUCGGAGAAUAUUAUGUUCCUGGUAGUAACGAGGUACCUGGAAAUGGAAUUGUAGUUACUUCGUGUUCAGAUUUCAUAGUUAUACUAAUAUUAUAGAGCAACCAAGGUAACAA